GGCUCAGCUUGUCACGUGGCCUUGCUUAGCAACGCGCCUGGGCUUCCUUAGCAGCCGGUUCGGAGGCCUGGGGCCGAGGUGCAGGCACUUAUCAUCUAAAAAUGAGUCAAUUAUACAAUAUUAUUGAGCCAAAUGUUAUCAGUGAAGAAAUGGUUCAGAAAGCUGUGGAAGAGCAAAGUCAAGAUGAGGCACAGCAGCUUGCCAAAAGGGAAGGUAUUAAUUUUAAAGACGUCACAGAGCUACAGCUUAGUUUUAGAAAUAUCCUGCAGAUUGAUAAUCUGUGGCAGUUUGAGAACCUGACUAAACUGCAGCUGGACAACAACAUCAUUGAGAAGAUAGAAGCUCUAGAGAGUCUGGUUCACCUUCUGUGGCUUGAUUUGUCCUUCAACAAUAUUGAAGUAAUUGAGGGCCUGGAUACCCUUGUUAAACUGCAGGACCUGAGCCUCUACAAUAACAGAAUAUCUAAAAUUGAACACAUGGACGCAUUACAAGACCUACAGAUUUUUUCAAUAGGGAAGAAUAACCUGGCCAUUUUAGAAGAUGUGAUCUAUCUCAGGAGGUUUAAGAACUUACGCACACUGAAUCUCGCAGGGAACCCUCUCUGUGACAAUGAGCAGUAUGCACCAUUUACUGUUGCUCACCUUCCAGAGCUGGUAUACCUGGACUUCAAGCUUGUGAGUGACACCAUGCGAGAAGCUGCAAUUUUAAAGUAUCAGUAUUCUACUGAACCGCUCAAGCAGGUGGAAGCCCAGGCUCUGGCUCAGCUGGAGGAAAAGCAGGCAAAGCAGAAUGAACUGGAGUACCACAAGACAGCCUUUGUUGAGUACCUGAAUGGAUCCUUCCUGUUUGAGAGCAUGUAUGGGGAGGAUGCGGAAGCUGCCAAACUGGCUUACCUCCCCGGAGUAGAUGACCUGCUGCAGGCAUACAGGAAAGAGUUUGUCUCAGUUUGUGAAAACCUGUUUAACUAUGGUCUGAAACAGCAUGAAAAAAGAGAAGCUGAAGUCUCAGAUUUCUACGAGAGCCUUCAUGAAGCACUAACAGCCAACCAAGAGCAAGGCAGAAAAAUAAUCCUGGAGUUUGAAAAUCGGAACAAAAGGACGCUGGAUGAGAUUCAGAACGUCAGUAGUUACGAUAUCGCUGAGUCUAAACUAGCUGAGUACAAUGAGGACAUACUUCAGCUGUCAGAAACACUCAUGACCUUGGAAAUGCAGACAGCUGACCAGCUGGAGGAACUAAUAAAGGAUUUUGAAAGAAAUAUUGCUGUCCUAGUAUCAACAUUCAUUGAAAACGUUCAAGGGAUGAUGGCCCAGUGCCGAGACCUGGAGAACCGUCAUCAUGAAAAGCUGCUAGAGAUCUCAAUCAACACGCUGGAGAAAUCCAUCAAGAAUGAGCUUGAUAAGGAUUUGCCAGAUGAUGUUCGAAUGCUUUUUGUGGACGAAACCACCGUUGUCAAUGCAGUCAACGCAUCCCACGAUAUGCAUCUGUUGAAGAUUGAUAGCCGAGAGGGUGACAUCCUCAGCAAUGCACGUCGCUGGCAGGCCUCUGUGACAGAGAAGGCUCUCCAAAACGAGAUUGACAGAAACCGCAACCGUGUCAAAGAGAUCAUUCAGUACAUUGACCAUCUUCAAGAGGAACUGGAGAACACGGAGACUCCGGAGCCGCCAGAGUAGGUACGCCAUGGGCUGGGCGGGUGCCUUCCUGGGGUGCACACAGGACAGCCCCCAGCAGCAGGAUACCCAUGGGGCAGUUACCUCUCUAUACCUAAACUGUCUGGGACAUUUCAGGCCAAAGGUACGCUCCUUCCUCCAUCCCACCAGAAACUGCAAAUAAAAGAUGCUUAUUGACUCUGGAAAA